AUGGAGAUUCCCCGCCCUCCGCCCAAAAAGAUUCACAGGCAGCCGCCCACGGGAGCGGACCUGUGUUCCAAGCUCUCGCCAGCCCAGCGAGCACGGAAGGCCUUUGUAGAGAACAUUGAAGCCAGCCUGACCCAGCAGUCCCUGUCGAACUGCCCGAAUCUGGAGGAAGCUCUAACUCCAGACCUCCUCCUCAAGGUCCUGGAAGUGCUAGAUCCUGACAGGAAGCUGGAGGACACGUGGGCGUAUUGUGAGGGCACCAAGGAAAAAAAGAAGACCCCCACACACCUGUGUGAAGAAUAUCCUGAGGAGGUCAACCGGGAACCUCCCCAGGCAGCGAACCUGGAGCCUCCCCAGGCAGUGAACCUGGAGCCUCCACAGGCAGUGAACCUGGAGCCUCCACAGGCAGUGAAACUGGAGCCUCCCCAGGCAGUCCAACCUGAAUCUCCCUGGAAGCUCAACCUGGAACCUCCCGAGGAGGACAACCCGGAACCUGAAGACCAAACCCACGUGGAAACGGCCAAGGAGAGUCUCCAGUCAUAUUUAUUCAGUUUGUUUCCUGAGGAAGAGACAAAUGCAAAAUGCACAACGGAUAUUCCCAAAGAUCUUGGGCUCCAAAAAUCAAGAAGAAGAAUUCGUGAAUUCUGCAGAUGGAUCGAUGAUAAUUUUGGGGACAUAGGCAUUGAUGAAGAGGACCUCAUGAAACAGUUUGAGGUUGACUUAGAGGUCCCACUCACCCAUAAUACAGUCAAAAUAAAGAAAAUAAGCCAGCUUCCUUUGAAUAUAAGGCCUUGCAAACAGCUAGAUGACAUACAGCAGAGAAAAUUCUCCCUGCAGGAAGGUAACUGGCAAAGGAAACUCCGAAAGCCGGAAGACCCUCAUAAACCCAAACGGGAGAAGAUAAGGUAUGGAGCAUGGUAUCUGGACCCCAAAUCCUGGAAAAAGCUGGUCAAUGACCAGCCUUUGCCUGACCCUAAAGUCGUCCCUGACAAGGAACAUUUGACCGAUGGAAGGCAUCUUGAACCAGACAUUAUUGAUGAACUUUAUGGACCAAUUGCCUUCAAAGAUUUCAUUGUAAGCAAGGGCUACAGGAUGCCAUGUGUGAUUGAGAAGAUGUUUAUGAGGAAGGGAUGGAACUAUAAGUCUGUGAAGACUCCUAUACACCGAUUAAUGAAACUCCUCUCCAAACCCAAAGAGGAAGAUUCAGGGGACAAAGAGGAUUCGACAAUUUUCUAUUUACUGUUCACUUGGCUAGUGUGUCUCUCUCAUUUUAACAUAAGUCAGAAUUCACCAUGA